GGUAAGGGGCCAAGGUUCCUGACACAGUACGUUCAGAGAACGAAUCGCGAGCGCCAUGUUGAAGUCACCAUCGCCACUCAGAUCCCUCUUACUCCUGCAGCUGCCUCUGCUGGGGGUGGGGCUGACCACAAUGGUCCUCGCGCCCAGUGGGAAUGAAGACAUCACAGCUGAUGCCUUCCCGACCUCUCCACCCGCCGGGGCCAUCGGCGUGAGCACCGUGCCCCUCCCAGAGGUUCAGUGUUUUGUGUUCAAUGUCGAGUACAUGAACUGCACUUGGAACAGCAGCUCGGAGCUCCAGCCCACCAACCUGACUCUGCACUAUUGGUACGAGAACUUGGAUCAUGACAAAAUCAAGGAGUGUGGCCACUACCUAUUCUCCUCGGAGAUCACUUCCGGCUGUUGGUUGCAAAAAGAGGAGAUCCGUCUAUACCAUACAUUUGUUGUCCAGCUCCAGGACCCGCAGGAACCUAGGAGGCACACCGUGCAGAAGUUAAAGCUGCAGGAUCUGGUGAUCCCCUGGGCUCCCGAGAACCUAACCGUUCACAAACUGAGCGAAUCCCAGCUAGAACUGAACUGGAACAACACGUACUUGGACAAAUGCUUGGAGCACCUGGUGCAAUACCGCAGCGACCGAGACCGCAGCUGGACUGAACAAUCCGUGGAGCACAGACAGAGCUUCUCCCUGCCCAGUGUGGACGCACAGAAAUUCUACACGUUCCGUGUUCGGAGCCGCCAUAACCCGCUCUGUGGUAGCGCCCAGCAAUGGAGUGAAUGGAGCCGCCCAGUGCACUGGGGCAGCCGCGCUUCAAAGGAGAACCCCUUGCUGUUUGCACUGAAGGCCAUGCUCAUCCCCCUUGGCUCCAUGGGACUGAUCGUCAGCCUCAUCUGUGUGUACUGCUGGCUGGAACGGACGAUGCCCCGAAUUCCUACCCUCAAGAACCUGGAGGAUCUGGUUACCGAAUACCAGGGGAACUUUUUGGCCUGGAGCGGUGUGUCCAAGGGUUUUGCCGAGAGCCUGCAGCCAGACUACAGUGAACGGCUCUGCCACGUCAGUGAGAUUCCCCCCAAAGCGGGGGCCCUAGGGGAGGGGCCUGGGGGCUCCCCCACGUUACACCCUUAAACCCGAAGCCUGAGCACUGGUACCUUGACAGAAGCCCAAGAUCCUGUACUCCUAAAUUGUACCGACCUCCCCCUGUCCCGCCAGCCUGGGUCCAGUACUGGUCUCACCCCCGCCCCAUGGCUGAUUUUGAAUUCUGUGCCCCUAUGAUUGCCCCCUCAUCCAAUAUGUCCCCCCCCCGAGAAUUGUCCCUUUGCCUCGUACGUGUUUCUCGACUCCCUCCCUCCCUGCAAAUCUAUGAAAAAUAAAGUACCUAUUGAUA